AAUAGGAGAGGGAGGAGCUACCGGGCUUCUGUAGUCGUGACGUCAUGCAGCGGGAGGAGUGUGAUUCGGAGGAAGCCCCGGUGCCCGGCUCCUAUCUGUCUCCGUGUUUCCCCGCUCCUGGAGUGCGUCUUGUCGCCGCUGUGAGUUGUGAAUGUGACGCUGGUUCCCGCGCCUCUUCCAGCAUGGCGGCAGAUCCCGCUUUGAGCCGCAUGCUGCAGGCCGCUAGCUAUGGCCUUUGUUACACCAUGGAGCAAAGAUAUUUUCAAAACCCGUAUCCUGACUACAACCAGCAAGAGUCAUCAGACUUCACCUCCACAGGGCAGCUGUCAUCUGACUUUGUACACCGCCUGAAUAGUAAGAUCAAGGAGCUCCUUCAGCUAAUGGAAAAGGGUCUGAAAUCUGUGGACCCUGCUGACUGUACCACUUACACAGGAUGGGCAGGAAUUGCGAUGUUGUAUUUACACCUCUCAGAUGUGUACGGAGAGCCAUCGCUUUUGCAGAAAGCACAAGAGUAUGUCCAAAGAAGCCUGCGCUGUUUGACCAGAAGGGACGUCACUUUCCUUUGUGGAGAUGCUGGGCCAUAUGCUAUAGGAGCUGUUGUGUUUCAGAAGCUUGGAUACUCAAAUGAAGCUGAUGAUUGUAUCAGGAGCCUCCUUCAGAUGCAUGCUUCUGUGAUAAAGUUGGACUCCCGACUCCCAGAUGAAUUACUCUACGGACGUACGGGAUAUCUCUACGCCCUCCUUUUUAUCAACAAACAGUAUGGGAUGGAGAAGAUCCCUUUGGGAUACAUUCAGCAGGUGUGCCAUACGGUACUGGAGUCAGGUCUGCAGUUGUCAGGACAAAGAAACUUCACCGCUCAGAGCCCACUGAUGUAUGAGUGGUACCGAGAGUAUUAUGUUGGCCCUGCCCAUGGCCUUGCAGGGAUAUACUACUACUUAAUGCAGCCUGAAUGCAACCUUGGUAGUGAUAAGCUGUUGACAUUUGUGCGACCCAGUUUGGACUAUUUCAGCCAUCUCAAGUUCCAGACUGGCAACUACCCACCCUGCAUAGGCGACCAUAGAGAUUUGCUAGUUCACUGGUGCCACGGAGCCCCAGGUGUCAUUUACAUGUUAAUCCGGGCCUAUAAGGUUUUUGGCGAUCAGAAAUACCUGAUAGACGCCUUGCAUUGUGCAGAAGUAUGUUGGCAGCGUGGGUUACUGAGGAAAGGCUAUGGGCUGUGCCAUGGAUCAGCUGGAAAUGCGUACAGCUUUCUUGCACUCUACAACUUGACCCGUGAUUUAAAGUACUUACAUAGAGCAUGCAAGUUUGCAGAAUUUUGUAUGGAUUAUGGUGAGCAUGGCUGCAGGACACCAGACACUCCUUUCUCUAUGUUUGAAGGUAUGGCCGGGACAAUUUACUUCCUGUCUGAUUUACUAGAACCAUCGAGAGCCAGGUUCCCAGCUUUCGAAAUCUGAGAACCAUUUAGUGCACCCCCCACCCCUCUUAGUUCCACGUUGACAGCGUCAUGGAAUAAUGCUUGAUGUAAAAGCCAUAAAAACAGCUUAGCAUUGAUAACCAGCAUUCAGUGAUGCUUUCGUACACUGCCAGAUAUGAAACUCUGUUCACAGACUUUAUCUGUGAAAAGUAUAACUUCUUAUUAAAGGCAUAUGACAAAAAAAGUGAACUGUAAAUAGUUGAAUGUAAAAAGUAACUGUGUUGCAUGACUCUUUAAACCCUGCAUAGGCAUCAUCUUGUCAUCUCUGGCACAUUAUAACAUCCUCUGUCUGCUAUAGUUGUGACACAGAGGCUGAUUGGCAUUUAUUGCUCAUUAACUUCUUACCUUUGCGUGUUUUCUGGAAAAGAAAUUCAAUGUUUUUAAAGGGGAACUAUCACUUCUCUGGGACUUAAACCAUUAAAACAUUGAAAAUCAUCUAUAA